GUAUUCUAGGCCGCUCGUCUCUCGUGUGAUCGAACGUCUUUGCGGCGUACACAUCCGCUCCGUUCCCGGGAACAUCAACGAGAUUAGAGGUGAACUCAACUUCAUUCAAAUGGCACACGAGGGUCCUCUGGAUCUCCUUUGAGCUCUGUCGAUUUCUGCGCUCAAACCCCAGGAAGGAUCUUGCUGAGGACUGUUAGAGGUCAGAACAUCGUUCACUUCUCUGAAACAGCGGGUGAAGGUGAACAACUGGAGGGACAGCUGGUGCUCUAAUAGCAAGUGGAAACCCAGGUGUGGCUGGGGCUCAGCAGGCACAGGGCCAGCCGAGGCAUUUCUCCACCAUGGAUAUAGAUGAGGAGGAGAACAUGAGUUCAUGCAGCACCGACGUAAAGGAAAACCGCAACCUGGACAACGUGUCUUCUAAAGAAGGAGUCGGCCUGGUCGAACAGCUCCCCAAUGGAGGCGGAGGUGGGGGUCGCAAGCGCCCCCUGGAGGAGGGUAACAAUGGCCAUGCGCAUUCCAAAUUCAGACCAAAGAAACGUAAAAAAACGCCAGGGCCUGUUCUGCCCAAGAACGCCCUGAUGCAGCUGAACGAAAUCAAACCGGGCUUACAGUACAAGCUGCUCUCGCAGACGGGUCCAGUCCACGCUCCCGUCUUUGUCAUGACCGUCGAGGUUAACGGUCAGUUGUUCGAGGGCUCUGGCCCCACCAAGAAAAAGGCCAAGCUGAACGCCGCCGAGAAGGCCCUGCGUUCCUUCGUGCAGUUCCCCAACGCGUCCGAGGCUCAUCUGGCCAUGGGCCGUACUCUCACAGUCAACACAGAUUUCACCUCCGACCAGGCUGACUUCCCCGACAUGCUCUUCAACGGGUUUGAGACGCCGACACUGCCCGAGGAAGCGUUUUUUCUGGGCUCCAACGGCAACGGCUCCUUUAACCCGCUGGGAGAGUAUCCCUUGCCCCAGGCGCCAGGUACUAACAGUCUCGUGCAGGCACCCCUUCCGCCUCCCUCCUUCACCUCCUCAUCCAGCGGCAAGAACCCGGUCAUGAUCCUCAACGAGCUUCGGCCGGGCCUCAAGUAUGAGUUUGUGUCAGAGAGCGGCGAGAGCCACGCCAAGAACUUUGUGAUGGCAGUGACCGUGGAUUCGCAGACGUUCGAGGGCUCGGGGAGGAAUAAGAAACUGGCGAAAGCCAGGGCUGCCCAGGCGGCUCUGUCUGCUCUUUUCAACAUGCAGCUGGAUCAGACGCCAUCCCGCCAACCCAUUCCUAGUGAGGGCUUACAGCUCCAUCUGCCACAGGUUCUUGCGGAUGCUGUUUCCCGUCUAGUUGUGGACAAAUUCAGCGAGCUGACGGACAACUUCACCUCUCCACAUGCACGCCGGAAAGUUCUGGCUGGAGUUGUCAUGACAACAGGCACUGACGUCAAAGACGCUCAGGUCAUCUGCGUCUCGACAGGAACCAAGUGUAUAAACGGCGAGUACAUGAGCGACCGCGGCCUGGCGCUGAACGAUUGUCACGCUGAAAUCAUCGCUCGACGUUCCCUCAUCAGGUAUCUGUACAUGCAGCUGGAGCACUUCCUAAGCAACAAUAAAGAGGAGUACCAGAAGUCCAUAUUUACACAGUGUGAGAAACGCAGCUACCGGCUGAAAGACAAUGUCCAGUUUCAUCUCUACAUCAGCACGUCACCCUGUGGAGAUGCUCGGAUCUUCUCGCCUCACGAGGCGGGCGUAGAGGACCAGGGAGACAGACACCCGAAUAGAAAAGCAAGAGGCCAACUGAGGACCAAGAUUGAAUCUGGAGAGGGGACCAUACCGGUUCGCUCCAGUAACACCAUACAGACGUGGGACGGAGUUCUUCAGGGGGAGCGACUGCUCACCAUGUCAUGCAGUGACAAAAUUGCGAGAUGGAACGUGGUGGGCAUCCAGGGCUCUCUCAUGAGCUACUUCACCGAGCCCCUCUACUUCUCCAGCAUCAUUCUGGGCAGCCUGUAUCACGCUGAUCAUCUCUCCCGAGCCAUGUACCAGCGGAUCGCUGACAUCGAAGACCUGCCCCAGCAAUUCUCGCUCAACCGGCCCCUGCUCAGCGGCAUCAGCAACGCUGAGGCGCGGCAGCCGGGUAAAGCUCCCAAUUUUAGUGUGAACUGGACUGUAGGAGACCAGGCUCUAGAAGUCAUUAACGCCACCACGGGCAAGGAUGACAUGGGCAGACCUUCUCGUCUGUGUAAGCACGCCCUGUACAGCCGCUGGGUGCGACUGCACUCCAAGCUCUCGUCGACCCUUCGCAUCAAAGUGGCCAAGCCCAGCUCAUACCACGAAGCCAAACAAGCGGCCAUGGAGUACCACACAGCAAAGCAAACGCUCAUCAAAGCCUUUCACAAAGCGGGUCUGGGUGCUUGGGUAAAAAAACCCAUCGAACAGGACCAGUUCUCUCUGAACUCUUGAAGGGAACAAACAAAAGACGUGACAACAACCAGCUGUUAAUACUUCACUUGAUGUGCGAGUGUGGGUAUGCGUGAUGGUGUUUGUUCUCGGACAAACCAAGAACCCUUUAGCGUCUGGCAUUUUGCUCUUCGUGUGAACUGAUACCGUUUUAUUUGUAUUGCAGAAGCACAUUGUCCUUUAAAUUCGUGUUUGUUUGUUUAUUUAGUGGCAUUAGCCUACACCAGAUGAUGGAAAGUCAUGUCGAUUUUAACUGGAAAAACGUUCUUAGUAAUUUUAUUUUGUUUUCCGUUUCGUGUGAGAGGGUUGAGAAAAACCAUGAUGCCAUAAAUGCGCAUGUCACAUGGCUUUAGCUGUGCACAAAAGGUUUUGAAGGUUUUCCGGUCCAGCCUAUUCUAAUCCUGGCUCACCUUUUCAGGCAUGGUUCUCCUUAUUAUGCAAAACAUUGAAUUUUUUAAAGAAUCAUAAUAACAUAGCAUGGUCCCUUUAGAUAGACACACAAGUCAAAACUUUACUGUAGUUUUAGCGUACGCCGUCUUUCUAGUCGCAAUAGAGUUCAAUUUGACCUUGUCGGGAAACUUUCAUUUCUUGAAAUUGUAUUUCCACCUAGUUUUAUUUGAAUCGGAAGUGGAAGAGGGUGUUGGUAUUGAUGCAACCAAAGUGCAUUGAUGUUAUUAAACGUUUUUAAAUGCAUGUAUGUGUUUGUCGCUCGGAUUCCGACCUCGCUGAAAGAAAAGCUCUUUAUCUGGGCAAAAAAGAUUACUAGCCAAUUAAAUGGACCAUUUUAAAAGCCCCUUCUUAAUUUUUUUUUCAUAUUGUAUUGACUAUAAGCGGUUCGAAUCCGACGACAGGUUUGAUGGAUCUGCUGGUGUUAUGCGACUAACAUUUAUGUUUCAGGAAUAGUUAAAAAAUCAUUAGUUUAAGGAAUAACUCACCCAAAAAUGGUACCCGUUGACUUUUCAUAUUAGGAAUAAAAAUUACUAUGGUCAAGUCAGAGCCAUUGAGAGAGAGAGUCGCGUCAACUCCGCUGACUCCAACGGGACAGUUUUUUCACAGGAAUGGUGGUUCAUGGAGGCUCCGGGAAGUUACUAGUAACGCAUGGAUCUGAGACUAAACAGACUAACUGAGGUAAACUUCUAACCCAUUUAAAGAUGAAAGCCUUUUAAUGAAUAAUAAAAUGAAAGAAAUAAAGCAUUUAAAGAGAAAACAUAACUUCCUGGAGCUAUCUAAAGGGUCCAUGAAUCACGUGACGCUCCAACGUUUUGGACUUCCGUUGGCAGAACUCUCUCUCUUAAUGGCUCUGUGUCAAGUCAACCGGGACAAUUUUUUGGGUGAACUAUUCCUUUGAUCACCUCUGCAUUCUUCCAAAAUUAUACUGUUAUUAUAGAGUGUUACAGAAAACCAACAUUUUGGAGAAACUUUAGACAGCAUUUAACUGUCAGGCUAUGAAAACUAAAAAAACAUGUUAAUUUAGAUGCAUGAUAGAUAAAUAAAUAAUGAACUAUUCCUGUAACAUUUAUUGUGCGUUAAGUCACUGCAGGUCUGAGAUCAGGGCAUACAUACAAGUUUUUCAAGAUGGCGGAAUGGACUGAAAAAUGAUGCACGUUUAUUAUUGACGCAAGCCGUCUCUGCAUGCAGAAGAGAAGUGGGUUUGAACGGAGACCUUGUGUUUUGUUGAGUUUUUUUUCCUCAUAGACCUGCAUUCCUCUACAAAGACUGCUUCAGUAAGACUAAAGUCCUUGAAGAUGGGUUUUCCCCUUUGGAGACUUCUGCUGUACGGGACUGUGAGCAGAGAGCUCAGACUCUCUUUGAUUUAUGACUUAUCCGGUGCAGCAUGCUUGACUGUUAAGGUUACAGAAAGCGUGAACGCAGAUCUGUUUGCAGAUCUUACAAUCUUCUCUGUAAAAUUUUCCUAAAGUUGAUAAUUGGUGGGAUUCACAUUCCAGAAGUAUUACACAGUACUGUAUGUUCCGAAUUGGAUUUAUGACAAUAGUAAUGCUAACAUUUCAUGAUCAUGAUUUGACAGGAAACUGAUGAAAAAUGUGUAUUUGAGUAACAGUUCACCCAAAAAUGAUGAUUCGGCACAAAUGUCUGAAAUUGUGACAAAUAAAUAUAUUUUACUAUAACCUUAAACCCUAAAAAUAGUUAAUGAUGCCUCUGCGUAUCGAUAGGUCAAAGGUGCUCCCUUUUCACGACCCACGAUGACAUCAGGUUGCUUUAGCAGAAUUGUUGAUUUUAAACCUUUUAAAAGAAACCAGCAGUAUGUGUGUGUUUGUUCGAAUGUGUUCGUCUGUGCACCUGCUGCUGAGCCAAGUUGGCAUUCUGCAGAGACGUGGUGGCAAAAAGACUUUGAGAUUGCCGUGGAAUGUUCACCAAAGAUGUCCAUGUUACUAUUCUUUCGAGCAUCCAAACAAACGGAGACUAUUUUUUUAAGUUGAAAAAGUCGCAACGAUUGUUCAGUAUUUUACGGUUUUGCCUCGAGUUGUGUUCUUUCAAUCACUGAUGUAUUUUUUAUUGUGUAUGUUUGUGUUGGUUGAGUCAGGACCGGCUUUAGGACAUGCUCGUAAUUCUCAGCACUCUUGUGAAACGUGGACGUACUGCUGUAAUUAUAUUGUGACCCCCUCGGAUACCGACGCAGUUGACUCUCUGCAUAUGUAAUAGUUUCAUUUUUAUGUCAAAACACAACAUGCAUUUUGUUCAAGGUCUUUCUCAGCGCAGAAAAAAAUACCAAGGCGGGAAGAAGGGCUCUUGUGGCCUUGUAGAAUGGGCGCUAAUGCAUUUCUGAAGGGCCCCUAUACGCGUACAGGGAAUGUACAGUAUAGUACUGUAAUGAUUAAUGACUGUAGAGUUUGACUCCCUUUGCUCUAAUGGAAAAGAUUACUGCCCUGAAAUUAAUGAGCACAGUCAGUUCUGCAUAAAUGUGGCUCAGCAAAAAGUACCUUUUUCUGUGAGUGACUUCUCAAGGACAGCAGACUUGUGGGAUUUUUGGUCUUUCUUUUUUUGCAUCGUCCUAUUUUUUCCUCUUCGACUCGCAGCUGUCAGAGCUUUACUUCUGUCUGCUUCUACUGUUACUGAUGGCGAAAUAUGCCAUUGAUGAUGUCACAAUGUACUCGGUCCCAUCUGAGAUGGAACCUUUAUUCUGUUUUUGUUUGUUUUCUGUUGCGGAAACUGAGCCGAGUGUUAGCAAAAAUUCCCGACUUUCGUCCUCCUCUGGUCCUGGCCGGUCCGUUUCUAAACGUCUUGUGAUUUGGUGACUGUACAGUGGAGUCCGGCGGCGUGCCGACCCGACACAGCUCAAUCUUGGUCCGCACCAAUUCUUGCCUGUCCUUCGUAAUAUCCACAUGGGUCACCUGCAUGAGCUACUUCACUGAAGCUGCACCCAGCAUGACGACAUCCUUUAAAAAUGGACUUGUAUGUAGAAAACAGGAACAAAAUAGAUCUAUACAGAAGGAAAAAAUAAAAACAAAUAAAAAAGAUCCUAGUUUACGUUUGUA